UAUAUCUUCCAAGCUUACUCCUUAGCUGUGUGGGCAAUAAGUGGAUAUUUUUUUUAUGGUGGAAUCAUUUUAUCCAUGACAUUUUUAUCUGUUUGUGCAACUUUGUACAGUCUGAGAAAGAAAUCAGUGAAACUACAAAAAAUGGCUCAGUCUUACAAUAGCGUAAUGGUCACUGUUCUUCGAAAAAAUGGAGAAGUUAAAGAAGUAGAGUCUCAGUCGCUGGUGCCAGGGGAUGUGAUUAUUAUAACAGGAAGCAAGCUAUUCUUACCUUGUGAUGCCGUAUUAAUCAGUGGAAGUUGCACCAUUAAUGAGGGAAUGUUAACAGGGGAAAGUAUUCCAAUCACAAAGAAUGCAUUGCCUAAUACAGAGGGCACCGUGCCAUGGAAACUCCAGUGUGGAGAAGACUACAAGAGACACAUUCUGUUUUGUGGAACAGAGGUCAUUCAGACAAAGGCACAUGGUCCGGAUCUGGUAAAGGCUGUUGUACUACAAACUGCAUUUAAUACAGCAAAAGGAGAUCUGGUGAGAGCCAUUCUGUAUAACAAGCCUGUAAAUGUAAAGCUACAUAGAGAGGCCAUUCGAUUCAUUUUUAUACUUGUGGGAAUUGGUUUGUGUGGAGUUAUAUACACAGCCAUUAUCUACACAAUUAAUGGGGAGAGUGUAAGCCAGACUGUGGUGAGGUCUCUCCAUAUUCUAACAGCCGCUGUGAAUGCUGCUUUACCGGCUUCCCUGACGAUUGGUCUUCUUAAUGCUCAGAAAAGACUGAAGAAGCUGGGGAUUUUCUGUAUCAGCCCCCAGAGAAUCAAUAUUGCUGGCCAACUGAACCUUGUCUGCUUUGAUAAAACAGGAACUUUGACAGACGAUUCCUUAGACUUAUGUGGAAUUGUUCCUUCUGAUGGAAACAGCUUUCAGGAUAUACAUUUAUUCACCUCUGGAGAAACCUUACCAUGGGGCCCUGUGCUUGGAGCUAUGGCAAGCUGCCACUCUCUCAUUAUGCUGGAUGGUGAGAUACAAGGAGACCCACUGGACAUAAAGAUGUUUGAAGGAACAGGCUGGGAACUUGAAAACCAUUCAGAACAUGGAACAGAAGAAUCAGGAUCUAUUUCAUGUACAAUGGUAAAACCUGGGCCCAGAGCUGGCAAGGUCCCAGUGGAAGGCAUUGCCAUUUUGCAUCAGUUUCCCUUUUCCUCUUCCCUUCAGCGCAUGUCAGUUGUUGCACAGAUUACUGGAGAGAGUGGCCUCACGGUGUUUAUGAAAGGCGCUCCUGAGAUGGUUGUUAAGUUCUGCAAACAAGGAACAGUGCCCCUCAGUCUUUCAAAGAAGCUUGAAUUCUACACAGCACAAGGUUUCCGAGUCCUCGGACUUGGAUAUCGAUUAUUAAGAAAGGAAAGGCUACAAGCCACUCAGCAUCUGGAACGUGAAACAGUGGAGACAGACCUCAUUUUUCUAGGUUUACUGAUACUGGAAAAUAGCCUGAAACCAGAAACAAGGGGAGUGCUUCAGGAACUCACUAAAGCCAAGAUAAGGAGUGUGAUGAUCACAGGGGAUAAUCUGCAAACAGCUCUUUAUAUUGGUGUGAAUUGUGGCAUGAUUCCAAAAUCCAGCAAAAUAAUCACAAUAGAAGCCAAAGAACCCCAAAAAGAUUCUCCUGCAGCGAUCACUUGGAAAACCAUGACAGAAACUCCUGAAAAUGGACACAAAGAGAGUAGUUCUCAUUUCCACAUCAGCGAUAAAUGGGAUCACAAAAGUUUUUCAACAGAAGCUUUUCACUUUGCAACAGAUGGGAAGUCCUUUCAGAUUUUAUUGCAGCAUUUCUACAACCAAGUGCCAAAGAUACUUCAGAAUGGGACCAUUUUUGCAAGAAUGUCUCCACGGCAAAAAUCAAUUCUUAUUGAUGAAUUUCAAAAACUAGAUUACUGUGUUGGAAUGUGUGGGGAUGGAGCCAAUGACUGUGGGAAACAAAAGAUUAUUGGUGAAGGGCAUUACCUGCUGCAGGAUAUAGCUCUCACCCUUCCUAUUGCUUUUAUAGGAAGUUUACAUGGUCCUGCCCCAAAAUUAGCCCCAUACAGACCCUCAAGGCAUAUUAUGUCUCCUGCUUUGUUGCUCUCUGUUUCUUUGCAUGUCCUAUUUACCGUCAUCCUUCAGGUUACUGCAUUUGUUCUUCUUCAGCAACAGCCAUGGUAUAAUGAAAGUGAUGUUUUCAGUGCAUGUCUUCCAUUAAAUCAGAGCUCAGGAAAUGUCACCAUGAGAGAGCCAAGUGUGCCAGAGAAUUAUGUAACAGUGAAUUAUCUCACAACUAUGGAAUGGAUUGUUACUUCAAUGAACAUCAUUAUACUUGAAUUUGUCUUAUGCAAAGGACAACCAUUCAGACAACGCCUUUAUACUAACUACAUGCUUCUGCUUCUAAUAACCAUCCAAGUGUCAGUCUAUAUAUUUUUACUGUUUGCCAAUAUUGAAUCAAUUUACUUAUUUUUUGAGGCUGUUUGCACUCCCUAUUACUGGCGAAUUUACAUUUUUGUUAUGCUCUUAGUACACUUUGCUAUAUCCUAUGCUGUGGAGGAAGGAAUCCUUGAAAACAGAAAACUCUGGAUAUUGAUAAAAAGACUAUGCAACUAUGAAUCAAAAAGCCAGUACAAGAGAUUGCAGAGCAGCUUAGAGCUGGACACAGAAUGGCCUCCCGACAAUAGAAUGGAUUACGCCAGCAAGUCUGUUUCUGUCAUGGACAGCGAAACCAUUGUUCUCAUGGAUGCAACUUGCCAGCCAGUUACUCAGGGAGGCAAUGAAACACGAUGUUAACACAAUGUAAUUCAAUACAAUAUAAGAAGUGUGUUCACUUUAACCUGCAUAUGGCACAUCUGUGAUGGUGUGAUGGUUGCAUAAAGUAGCAUGGUUAACUUGUACAUAACAUACACGUGUGCUUGGGACUAGUGAUGAGCAAAUUUUUUCGCCAGGCGUGGAUUUGCAGCAAAUUUCUGCAUUUCGCCAUUGGCAAAUUGUUUCACGAAACUUCCCAAACUCCCACAGGCAAUCACAAUUGCAAACACUCCCUUUCUCUGAUACUGCCUUUAUCUGCCUCACCCACACACUGGUGAUCACUUUUUAGUAAACUACCACUAGGGUCAGAACCAAGUGAAUACCAAGAAGCACUAAGGCCAAAGUAGGCUGUAAAAGCUCUGGGAAUCUUUUUUCAGUUUACUGGGGGAGAAAACCAAACUGCAUAAGAAUUCCUUGGGGCCUUGCUGAGAUAGGUACUGAGCCUGGGGUGCCUUAUGAAAUUAUUAGCAAUACAGCCAAAGCCAGAAAACUGAAAGACAAAGUCAGGGGUCAGACAGAGAGAACACAUGAGAAAGGGUAAUAAAAGGGGCACGACCACAAUGUAAAAGAAAAACAAUUGGACUAAAAAGCUUCUGUGGGUUCAGCCAACAACUAUGAAUUCAAAUACUAUUUUCAUAAAACUGAUUGCCAGGCUCGAGUAUGGAAAUAUUUGAACCUUUUGUGGCCCCAUGUUACCCAUUGAGGCAUUACCAAAAAGAACAAAUAUUUUAAUGCUACAUUGUUUGUUAAACAGUUGGACCAGGUUGUAAAAAAAACCUUUAAGGGGGACACAACUGAGCCAACUGGUUCAUUAAAAGUUAUAUCAUAGUAAAAAACAAAUGGUUUUGUAUACUUGGGCAUUAUUAUAUAAUGUUAUGCUUCAAAAAACUGCUGUACCACAAUCUCUGCUUUCAUUUGGUGAAGUCCUAUAUCGGGGAGGGACAA